UCGCAACGAGAGGAAACGCAUGCGGCUCUGCAUGGAGGGAUGCACAUGCAGCCGAAAUGAGGCGGAAGGCGUGUAGACGCUCUUUCCAUGACCACAAGGAGGACCUCCGCAAGCGCCUGUCGUACACCAUGCACAAGCUAGAGAUGGUGGAGAGCGAGUUUGACUCCACCCGCCAGUACCUGGAGACAGAACUGCGGCGGGCCCAGGAGGAGCUGGAGAAGUUUACGGAGAAGCUGCGCAGAAUCCAGAACAGCUAUGCAGCUCUGCAGAGGAUAAAUCAGGAUUUGGAGGACAAGAUGCAUGGGACGUCUCAACACCACGAAGAGGAGAAGAGAGCCCUCAGCCGUGAGAUCAUCGUCCUCAACAACCACCUCAUGGAGGCCAAGCUCACCAUAAAUAAACUCAAAGAAGACAACGACCUAUACAGGAAAGACUGCAACCUGGCUGCCCAGCUGCUGCAGUGCUCAAAGUCUCAUUACAGAGCUCACAAGAUGUCUGAGCUGCCACUGGACUUCCAGGAACGCAUCAGUUCCCACAUUGAGAAACAUAAUCAGGGUAGUGAAGCAACUAUGGCAAUGUGCCACUCCAAUUACUCUGAUGCUGUGCCUACAUCCAUCAUUGCCAAGAUCCUUGAAAAACCAGAACCGGGAAACAGUUGCCCCAUUACACGCUGCCCCAGUCCACACCCGCAGGACGGAGACUCCCUGGCGGGAACGGGAAAUAACGAUCACAUCAACCACCGAGUUGCGUACAAGACCUCUGAUCUGUACUGUAGCGAUACAGCCCUCUACUGCCCCGAACGCUGGCAGGAAAGAGACCGCCGGCAGAGCAUCGACCUCAAUGGCACGACUUUGCUCCAGCUCCACGCCCAGAACUCCACAGACAGUAACCCGGAUGAGGAGGCCUACAACUCCAGCAGCUUCCCCCAUCAUGAGCCGGCAUCAGCGUUCCAACACCAUGAGGAGUUCAGCGCUGGAAGCCUCCCUGCCUCCAGUUCCUACUCGAGUUUCAGCCUAGCUUCAGACGACAAGGGCGGCAUUGCGGGAGGGGGUGCACGCACUGCCAGUAGCACAUUAUCCACUUCCCACCAAGGUUUGUAUGUGGACUGGCGGGAUGGCGGAGGUGGAGAGUACGAACACAAAAGCAUGUCUUCCUACGAUAAAGACGGCUCAGGUUUCCCCAAGUCCAACAGCAUUGAGCACAUUGUCACUUCAAGGAGCCCACAGAAGGGCACCUUGCCAACGUACACAAGGACAGCGUCUUGCUUCAGUGAACCGUACCACUCCAGCACCCUUCGCCUGGCCUCCUCUCACAGCAUGGGAUCUACAACCGGGUUAGGCCAGGCACAGGGUGCAGCUCUAGAAAGCAGAGCUGAUAUCCACGCCCAAGAGGAUGAGCUAACCAGCCGGUGGAAACAGCUGAGUGUGGAAGAUGUCAACACGUUCUCGUCUUCCUAUCGCAACGUCACAGGACGGGUCUCCCCGUACAGUUUCUCAGAGUGUCACUAUGCCAUGGGCCCGUCGAGCAAGGCCAAGGAAUCUCUCUAUAGUAGCUUCCAAGAGGGAGAUGACAUAUUCCACAGCCACAUGCUGGACCAGUGCUUUGCGUUGGGUUCACCUUCGCCCAGCCCCAAACUUCCUCCUGCGGAGCUUCGCAAACAGAAAAAGAACUCUGCGAUGUACCGAGCAAAGGAUGGAAAUCCAGACAGCUUGUUGCUCUCAGGAAGUUCGAAAGAAAAGGAACACGCCAAGAAGGAAUACGUGAAUCUGAGCGCGGGAAGCUCAGCUGAGUCCUUACACCAAAGCUCCUUAGAAGCUUCAAGUCUUCAGCAUUACCCAAGCCCCAGGCCGAGUGUCCGGCCUCGCCCAAGCUCCAGCUCCGCCCUUAGCGCCGUCGGCCCGGCACUCCCCAAGAAGACCGCUCCAAGAUACCAAAAAUUUGGCAGCACUGGGCUGACAAGGAAGGACAGCCUGACCAAGGCGCAACUCUACGGCACGCUGCUGAACUGAAGUGGCGAGGAGGGAGCUUGUCGUUUUAUGCAUGAUGAUGACGAUGGUGAUGAUUACUAGCCUCCUGUACUGUACCGUCUCAAACGUUCUCUGCAGCCUACUUGGUGUGACAAGGGUGUUCAGUGUUUUAUGUAUCCUAGCCAAGGCAUGUUUCACAGUCUGUAACACCUUUUUCUAUUUAUGUCAUAUUAAAGUGUGGCUUCUAGCUAGCUGAGAAGCUGUAGCAAUUCAGUGACUUUUCAUUGUAUUGCUCUUCAUAGCCAAUAGGAACAACCCACCUUCAGCAAGACAGACCAUGGACGUACUGUACUUUGUGCUAAAACGUUCACAAUGAAUACUAGGGGUGGAAUGGUUCACAAAAUCCACGGUUCGGUUCCCAUCUCGGUUUUGUGGUGAUGGUUUUCGAUUCGGUUCAGUAUACGUUGAGUUUUGAGAUAAUCAAUUAUGUCUUGUAUAUUUGGUGUUAUUAAUAUUUUAAUUAUUAAUCAGAAAAUAUACCUUUGUUCGCUUAUCCAUGCCAGCACCGUUUAGUGACGGGCAGAUCAAUUAAAUGCUCUUCCAGUGGAUGGGGAAAAUGUACAAUAAACCUGUGUAUCCACCUGUUGCCAUUCAUACAACAGAUAAGUCAUAUAGUUGCAAUAUAUCAGCUUUGUGUUCAACUAAAAACCUAGAUUUCACACUGAGUAAGUCAAUUUGUGACUAAAUUGAGACAAGAUUUCAGUAUUCAUACAUUUGAUGAUAUUUGUGUUUGGUGGUUAAUCGUGAGAUUUUUCAAAUGUGAAAUAGGUGCCAACAAAAGUUGGAAAACACUGAUCUAAUCAUGACUCUCCUAAAUACAAGCUCCAUUUAUUAAAUAAGUUUAAUAUGAUGGAUGAUGCACAUAGACGGACGGACAUGUUUGUACAAACAGUGAUUUUCAGUGAGUUGUUAUCUCACCAACGCAAGAUCUCUGGUGCAUAAAACGAACAACUUGGAAGUCCGUUUUAUGCACCAAAGAUCUUGUGUCGCAGAGAUACAGACUUGGUACACUGGUGUCGCGUUUGUCUGGGUUUUAAGCAUGUAAUGAAAGGACUCGCUGGUACCCAGUCUCUUUAAGGUCCUGGCGGGCGUAGCAGAACUGAGAACAAGCAAGGAAAUAGUACAAAAACUGCACCGAAGAGGAGCACCGUAUGGCGCUGCAACGUGAUUAUGAGUAUCACUCAAGUUCAGGACAAGGCAGGAGGCCCCGCUGUAAGAUGAUUGGCUGGUGCAUCGUUAGAAGAGCAUGAGGCAAAUGAUGGGUGCUUUCGGAAAUGUACCCCGGCGCUGCUCUGCGACACACAACUUGAAAAGUUGCUGGAAUGUGUGGAACACAAGCACUCUCAGAGUAGAGUUAGGGCAUCAGAUUGCAUUUCUGAACACCGUCAAAGUGUCCUGCCUAGUCGUCUACUUGAGUGGAAGUCAAUGCUUCAACAUAAACAUGCACCCGGCCAUAUUGGCUAGCAUUAACACUACUGUACACUUUGCCUCAAUAGUGAAUGAGAAGAAAGAAAAAGUUUCUUGUGCCAAAAUGAACGGAACACAUGCGGACCAAACCGAAACAGUCAAACUGAACCGUUAGGACAGUUUUCAAAAACUGUUCCACCCCAACUGAAUACUGUUAGUAAAACCAGCAAGAAAGUUAUCUGUUCUACUAAAUAAAGUAUAAAUAAGUAAAUGUAAAGCAUGUAGAACGGGAUAAUAUCAUCCAUAACCAUUUUCCAUUAUGUUGUAUCAAAAUUCUAAUUACAGCAUUGUGCAUGUAUAGUGAACCACAGAAAUAUACGUUAAUCAAAUUGAUCAAAACAGUGACUAGACUCGUGUAGAAAGAAUAAAAGUAAAACCCCCCAAAAAACAAUGCAAUGGCUCAGAUGCAAGCUGAAAUAUGUUUAACACAACUCAACAGGAUUUUUGUCUUAUUUUCAUACAAAAAAUUUGACCCGUAAAUGUGGUGCUUGAUUGCACAGUCGCUAUCCUCAUAGCAGGAUACUGGUUAAGUUGCCUUAAUUCCAUUUAGUGGGGCACAACUUUGCAGCAUCUAAUGAGUGUAAAUACUGUUUAUCUGCUCUAUUGAGAGGUGGUGUCUUAGAAACGGAGUAAGCCUCUUUUAUGGAUGGUAACGAGAUUGGUAUAGCUAGCACAUUAUUUUUAGUUCAUUUUAUAUAUAAUUUGGGGGCUUUUUAGCCCAAUUUGUCUGUUCACAGUAAAGUGGAUAUAAUUAUGAGAUGUGCAACAAGUGAAAUUAUGUAGUAAAAUAAGAACAAUGUGACUCCAAACGUAGAUGCAACCAAGUGUGCCAACCAAGUGUGCCCAAUUAGGCCUUCUACAUUUUUGCUGUCUUUCUCUAAAUAAGCACAAGUCAUUACCGGUAUUUUAAUAAGCGUUCUUGUUGUUUUGAAUUUGUAAGUCAUUAUUUUCAUUUGAGUGAAUCACAUUAAAAUGACAUACAGGUUCAUCACAGCUGCAGAAAUGGGCUUCCACGUUUAGACACCCCCUCAUGUUAAAUAAGCUCUUUUUCUUGUAUAAGUGAAGCUACUAAAGCAAAAUUGGCGCCGAAAUGACCAGUUAAUUCUUCCUGCUUGGGUUUGUCUUUCUAUCCUAGUGAAGAAGAGGUCAUCAAAAGGAAGUUAGUGAUUUUUAAUGUCAUGUUUCUACCUCUCCUUUUUGCAAACACUGGCUUCAAGCUGUUUUCAAUUGAAACACCAUUUCUAAAAUGUCACCUUUGUUCACGCUAUGUACUUUUUUUUGGUAAUUUUUUAAAAAUCAAUCUGUUUAUUUGGAGUGAGUCUGUGUAUUGUAUGUACUGUAAGUGAGGUUUAGAAAAGUCUUACAUGAUAAAAUAAAAUAAUAUGGUAUUUUGAUUGAGGUGCUCUAUAGAAAGACAGACAGAAAAUGCAUCUUUACACAAAAAUACGACUGUUUUCUCGUCAGUUGUUGUUAUAUUUAUGGAAUGUGUUGAUCAGCCUGUCGAGAAAGUUCAAGUGGCUCUAUCAGUCCUACCUCCAUAACAGGCCCAGUAACAACAGAAUGUGAACAUCUGUUUGAUGCAUGAUUACAUAUUUUUGCUGUAUUUAUUUAAUAAAGAUGAGUGUUGGGAAAAUACUUUGUGAGUAUCCAGAUGCUUUAUUUAUUUUUAAAGUCAAACUGCUAAUGUUAGCAU